CUCAAAACGUCCGUUCUUUGGUCUUUGCUUUUAAAAACAGAAAAAAUUUUCAUUUCAUUUCGCCUUCUGCCUACUCCCAGCAGCCGCAACCUUAAAAAGGAAAAAGAAAACCCAAAAAAAAAAAAACAAAGCAACAUCUCUUUCUCGUACAUUCUCUCUUCUCUCCUCUUUGAUAGGGUUCUGAGUGAAGAGAUACGAGUUACAGGCUAUAAUGGCUUUCUCUUCUCUCCUCAGAUCUACAUCUACCGCUCCUUUGAUCGAAGCUCCUCACGUUGAGCUAUCUCCCUCAUCGUCCGAUCGUUUUAAGGUUUCCAGCAUUAAUUUCAAGCAUCAUCUAAAAUCUUCCCAGAGCAUUUUUGUCACUUCAGUUCCAUCUCGGUCAUCUUCCAUACAUAGACGCAGUGCAAGAAGUUUCCAAUCCAUCAAGGCCACAGCAACUGAAAUACCUCCUGCUGUCCUGAAAUCGCGGAGUGAUGGGAGGACAAAAGUUGGAAUCAAUGGUUUUGGUCGCAUUGGAAGAUUGGUUUUGCGAAUUGCAACUAUGAGAGAUGAUAUUGAUAUUGUGGCAGUUAAUGAUCCUUUCAUUGACACUAAGUACAUGGCUUACAUGUUCAAAUAUGAUUCUACUCAUGGAGUAUACAAGGGAUCCAUCAAGGUUUUGGAUGAGUCCACCUUGGAAAUUAAUGGAAAACAAAUCAAAGUUUCAAGCAGAAGGGACCCAGCAGAGAUUCCUUGGGGCAAUUAUGGGGCUGAGUAUGUAAUUGAAUCUUCUGGGGUUUUCACCACAAUUGAUAAGGCUUCAGCUCACAAGAAGGGUGGUGCCAAGAAAGUGGUGAUAUCAGCUCCCUCUGCUGAUGCGCCAAUGUUUGUAGUCGGGGUGAAUGAGAGGACAUACAAGCCCAACAUGGACAUUGUUUCUAAUGCAAGCUGUACCACCAAUUGUCUUGCUCCUCUUGCAAAGGUCGUUAAUGAGGAAUUUGGUAUUAUUGAAGGUUUAAUGACAACUGUUCAUGCAACUACAGCAACACAAAAGACUGUAGAUGGUCCAUCCAUGAAGGAUUGGCGUGGGGGCCGUGGAGCAGGACAAAAUAUAAUUCCUAGCUCCACUGGUGCUGCAAAGGCUGUUGGAAAAGUUCUUCCAGAACUCAAUGGAAAACUUACUGGAAUGGCCUUCCGUGUCCCAACAGCUAAUGUUUCUGUUGUGGACUUGACUUGUCGACUUCAAAAGAGUGCAUCUUAUGAAGAUGUCAAAGCAGCUAUCAAGUAUGCAUCGGAGGGACCCCUAAAAGGCAUUCUUGGUUAUACUGAUGAGGAUGUUGUCUCUAAUGAUUUUGUUGGUGACUCAAGGUCAAGCAUAUUUGAUGCCAAGGCUGGCAUAGGAUUGAGUGCCUCGUUCGUGAAGCUGGUGACUUGGUAUGAUAAUGAGUGGGGAUACAGCAACCGAGUGCUGGACCUGAUAGAGCACAUGGCAUUGGUGGCAGGACAUAACUGAGGAAUAUUUUAAUGAGGUUUAUGCCCCAGCAAUUUUAGAACGUGCUAUGAGUUUCAUCCAAAGUGUAGUUAACUGACUUCAUAUUUGAUUUUGUUUUUGCCCGAGCAUCUUUUUUUUUUUUUUUUUUUUUUUUCUAAUGAUGAUGUGAAUUUGGGCUUUCCGUGAUGCAACCUUGAAAUAAUGUGAUACAUGGCAUGUAUGAGGUUUACCUCUAUUGGAAAUGCAUGAUUGUAGAGAAAGUUGAAUCA